UUUAGCAGACGCGUUAAAUGAAGAAGAUUGGUCAAAAGUUGAAGGUUAUACGAUCACAAUGAUUUGUUGACAGGACUAACACACCACUUUGUACGAAUGUACAUGAUACGAGCUUUACGGUACAGAUGUUCACAACAAACCAGUUUUGGGCAUGAAGUGUUGGCUGUCUUCAAGCGGUAUUUAAACAGUAGUGAGACAGCGACUGCCCUCCGGCCAUUCUACUUUAUUGUUCAUCCAGAUCUGUUUGGAAGACAUCCUAAAGAAAGAUUGGUAAAUGAACAUUCACUGAAGAUACUACACGAGUAUGUAGCCAACCUGAAAACCCAGCAGUCAUACACAAGAAAGCCAAUAGACUUGGUAUUCUACAUACGAGAUCCAAAUAACCAGAAAAGUUUCAAAGAUAUCAAGAUUUCAUUACAGUCAACUGAUAUCCGCAAGACUGUGUCUACAAUAUUACAGUCAUGUGGUUUACCUCUUGACUAUAUCAACACGGUACCAGUCCAACAGAAAACACGCAGGACAAACCCCGCAGCAAAAUGGUACACUAACUAUGAUGUACCUGAAUGGAAUAGCAGAACUGAACCUAAAUAUAAAGCUCCAGCGCAAAGAAGUUUAAGGAAAUGGUUAGAGGAGAAUUAUGAAAGAGUUCAGAGAUACCAGGAGGCAAGUCGACAGACCCAGAGUGAGAUUGACAGUCUGUGUGAGAGAAUUGUUGCCAGGGUGGGCGUGCAAUCUGUCCGCUGGGAGAACAUCUGGGGAAACAGACACUAUAUAGCUUGUCUUAGAACAUUCAGUCAACUUUCAGAGGGCCAGCCUGCAAGAAUGAGAAAUACAUUACAAGGGAGAACACUUAUUUUUGGUAACGAGACUGGAGUUAACUUACAUGGAGAGAUUGUCCUGGGAAGUGAAGAUGUCACUACAGAAUGGAUAAAUCUUCUGAAGUCUGUACACGCCUAUGACCCAAUGAUAGAACGCUUGCCGAGGAUGGAGCAAGAGCUGUCCCGCCUUCUGAACAAUAUCCAAAUCAUGAGGCGGCAAAAGCGUGAAUUUGUGAUGGCCCAGAAUUAUGAGGUCUUGUUAAACAAGAUGUUGAACUCUUUACGACGUUGUCAACAUGUUGUCGUGAAAGAGUUAGGAGAUCAAGACCUGUCACAUCUCAACCUUGUUGUCGAGUGUGAGUCAGGACCACUUGCAUUAUCCAAUUGUGGACAGUUCUUGAUUCCUGCCUCCAUACCUGGAACCAUUAUGUUGAAGUUUAUUGUUGAAAAUAUUGAGAGGGCAGCUACUUUUCUCAUUGAUGCUAAACUGCAUACCUUCUACAUGGAUCAAAUACUGGAUCAGUGCAAUAACGUUCUAAAUGUAUCUUCUCUUCAACGUGAUGACGCUAUAACACCACAACAGAUGACCAAGUGUUGUCAACGGUUACUGGACAAUCAGCAGCUACUAAACCCGUUACUGCAAGGAACAAGACUGAAGGUUUCCACAUACUAUACUGUGAUGAAAGAUGGGGAAAUUACUAUUCCAUGGAAUUGGAUUUAAGAAGGCCUGACUUUAGAUUAAAUAUGAUACUCAUGCUUCAUAAUCUGCAAGCGUUUACUCAGGCCGAAAUAGCUCUGUUUUGUUUAGGAUAACAAGACUUAAACUUGACUGCCUUAUUAUAGUAUUUUUUCUACAGUUUUGUUCCUUUUUUUUCUUUUUAUUAAGCUACAUAUUUCAGAGCAGUAUCUGCACAAAUUAAUCUCAUUGAAGCUGUUUUUAAAAAAAUACACACACAAAUGUAGCCACAGUAGAUAAAAUAAAAUGAAAGUUCUUUCUUUGAAAAUGUACAAAAAUGUAUGUCCAACAGACAGAAUGUUGUUUGAAAAUGAUGAUAUCCUGAAAAACAUUCUUUAAUGGCUGUUAGCCUUGACUUGGUCAAGUAAAGAAGUUGUUCGAAACUGAUGUCUGAUCAUUUACAUCUUUUAUCUUCAAAGAGCUUUUAUUGCAUGUUAUAUUUUCACUGAAAGUAUGUUUCCUUAUUGCCAAACCAAGAUGAAGGGUUUUUUUUAAUAUUGUAUAUCAGUCUCUAAAUCUUAUGUUAUAGAUGUUGGUACAUUUUCUGUAAUUACAAAAGAUUUAUUAUACAUUUCAGUAUUUCCAAAGGUUUGACUAUGCAUUUUCAGUAAUUGCAAAGGUUUGGCUAUACAAUUUCAGUAACUCUAAAAGUUUGACGACACAUUUUCAGUCAUUCUAAAGGUUUAGCUAUACUAUUUCAGUAGUCCCAAAAGAUUGGUUUUUACAUUUAAGUAAUUUCAGAGCUUUAACUAUACAUUUUCAGAAAUUCCAAAGGUAUAGGCUAACUACACAUUUUUAAGUAAUUACAAACUUUGACCAUGCGUUUUCAGUAAUUCAAAAUUGUAACAGUUUGACUACAUAUUUUCAGUAGUUGUAAAGAUUUGCCUAUGCAUCUUCAGUAAUUCCACAGAUUUGACAACAUUUUCAGUAAUUAUAAAGGUUUGACUGUGCAUCUUCAGUAAAUCCACAGAUUUGACUACAUUUCAGUAAUUCAGAGGUUUGACGACACAUUUUCAGUCAUUGUAACAGUUUGACUACAUUUUCAGUUCACUGUACAUUAUCAUUUGUAUGUAACAGUAUACAUAUUUAGUAUUUCCAAAAUGUUUAACUACAUUUUCAAUAAUUCCAAGUGUUUGACUUUACAUUUUCAGUAGUUUAUAACUGUAUACCUAUUCAGUAAUUACAAAGAAUUUACUUUGUUUUUGAUAAUUUUUAAGAAUUGACCAUACAUGUACAAAAAUCAAAAAGUUUGACUAUAUAAUUAUUAUGUUUUAAUAUUAUAAAUAUUAUAAUGGUUUGACUGUGAAUAUUUUAGUAUAUGUAAUUUCAAAGGUCUGACUACCGGUAUACAUUAGUAUCCAGUAUAUCCAGUAGUUUCUAGGUAUGUGGAAAUUGGAAAGUGAGUACAUGUAUUGAUCUGUGUUUUUCAAACCAUUAUUUCUACUCUCUUGAUACAAAUGUAAGUGUAACAUAUACUAAUGUAUAUCCCAGUAGAUUCCAGAUACUCCAGUUUUCAAAACUGAAUUGUAUGUUUGAUAAUGAUUUAAUAAUUGAUUUCUUCAAGAUAUUUAUAGCACAUUUUCUGUUAUUAAAAGUAAACUGUUUAAUUAAUCAACAAUAUCAGAUAUUUACUUUUAAUCUGGGCAUUUCCUGCUUAUUGUUUAGUUUAAAGCAGAUUUGAUGUUUAAAAAUGUUUAUAUUAUUAGAAAAGAAAUAUUUAAAUGUAUAUAUAGGGCAUAUUUUUUUGUUGUUUAGCAGUGAACAUGUAUUUUUGUCCAUGGAAACUUUGUGUUGGUUUUGCAAUUUUUAUAGAAAUAAAUGUUUUUGUGGUUUA